GUGGUUUCAUAAAAUUUUUCUUUUACUUGUAUUAUCGGGUAAAUUUUCAUUGUUAUUGUUUACAUGUUGAUUGCAUUGACUUGUCAACUUAAAUUAGACGUAUGCAAGAACUUGAAAUCUUACUACGGUGUUCGUAAUACUCUUAAGACAUUCCCCCCCUUUUUUAGACCGGAGCCCGGGCAAUCCCGCAAGCGCAUUGAAAUGUUGAAAUGUUGAAAUGUCUUAUUGUCAACUCCGAGAAGUUGAAAUUCCCAUCAAUCUUCCUCCUCCUUUUUGUUGACAGUAUCAGUCAAAUUCAAUUCAAUUGAGGUUUUUCGUGAGUCAUUUCAAUACCAGAUUUAGCAUUGCUUCAUUUUGAAGAUUUCUUAUUAAAUUUUGGUUGCGACUACGAUUUCACAAGCUUAUAUUAUAAGAUAAUAGGCCGGCAUCGAGAAAAAAAGACUCCGCCGCGUGUAUACUAAUAAAUUUUUAGACUUCCCCACACAUUCCAUUCC